AUGAAGCAUCAGACCUGGUGCGGGUUGACAUCCAGGAUGGGCACAGUGCUAUCAGGAGUCUUCUCCAUCAUGGCCACCCACAUGCACCUCAUCUUCGAAAGGAAGCACCUUGGGAAUGGUAACUGCACGGAGAACUUCCAGACUCAGGGCCUCAACAUACUGAGGCACUUCUUCAUCUGCUGGAGCUUCAGAAUCAUCCUCUUCCUGUCCAUCUUCACCAUGAUAGCCAGCUGCUUCCUCCUGUAUUCCGUGUACGCCCAGAUCUACGAGGGUCUCAUGACCUACGGGAUCUGGAUCAUCAUCUAUGAAUCCACCAACCUGGGCAUCCAGACCCUCACCGACGAGUUCAGCGUGGCCCUGGUCAGAGCCAUGCGAUGGUUCGGCUGGGUGUCCCGCAUCUCCCUACACUGCUUCUGGCUAUAUUUCGUCAUCACCCACGCGCAAGUCAUCUACCAGAGCAAAAAACAGGGCAACAUACUCACCUACCAUAGGCGAGUCUCUUUGGGAAGCGGAGACUAUCCACGGCGGAAAUCAAAAAUCAUACACUUUAUCCAGCACUACAGCGGAUGA